GUGCGCCCAGUCAGCCCUGUCUGCUGGCAGCCGCCUCACUUCAAGGCAGGUCUUUGUGCUGGGGGAGCACCAAAUUGGCACCCAGACCCCAAAAACAGCUCAGGGGACACAGAGGAAGAGCAAACACCUUCUGCACCUUUGUUUGGGGGUUCCUUACCUUAUAUUUUUCCUCAGAAGUGCCAGCUGCUCCCCCCGCCGUCGCAAGGCUGAGGUGGCACCAUGAAUGCCUUCCAGGAGGUGUUUCAGAAGGUGGAGAAGAUUGGAGAGGGCUCCUAUGGCGUGGUGUACAAGGCUCGCAACAAGCGCACGGGGCAGCUGGUGGCCCUCAAGAAGAUUCGCUUGAACUCGGAGAUGGAGGGCAUCCCCAGCACUGCGAUCCGUGAAAUCUCCCUCCUGAAGGAGCUGAAGCACCCCAACAUUGUCAGGCUCCUGGAUGUCAUACACAGCCAGAAGAAGCUCUAUCUGGUGUUUGAGUAUCUGAAUCAGGACCUGAGGAGAUACAUGGACUCAUGCCAAACUGGAGAGUUUCCUUUAAGUGUGGUCAAGAACUACCUUUUCCAGCUGCUGCAGGGUGUGAACUUCUGCCACUCGCACAGAGUCAUGCACAGGGACUUGAAGCCACAGAACUUGCUCAUUAACGAAGCAGGAACAAUCAAGCUGGCUGAUUUUGGACUGGCAAGAGCUUUUGGAGUCCCGCUGCGCACGUACACUCAUGAGGUGGUGACCCUGUGGUACCGAGCACCUGAAAUACUGAUGAGAUGCAAAUUCUACUCAACUGGUGUGGAUAUGUGGAGCAUCGGCUGCAUCUUUGCAGAAAUGGUGACCAGGGAGGCCUUGUUUCCAGGGGACUCUGAGAUUGAUCAGCUCUUCCGAAUCUUUCGCACCCUGGGCACUCCCACUGAAGCGACCUGGCCUGAGGUGACCCAGCUGCCUGACUACAAGAGGGACUUUCCCCGGUGGGCAAGAAAGGACAUGAAGGAUGUUGUUCCCAACUUAGAUCAAGAUGGUAGAGACUUACUGGAGCAAUUGCUCCUGUAUGAUCCCAACAGGCGCAUCUCAGCCAAGGACGCCCUCAGUCACCCGUACUUCUCCAGGAGAAACCCUCAGAGCCCUGAAGAGCGAUGUGUGCUGCAGAGACACAGAUGAGAAGGCACAGCUCUCCUCCUGCAUUUGCACCUCCAAGUAGCAGCUGCAUACCUGGUUUUGGGCACCUAGCAGGGGGGCUGGCUUGGACCCAGGGUCUCACUUCUCCUGAGGAGCCUGGAGGGGGAUAUUCUUGUUUGUCUGGUUACAGUGAGUUGAGCUGUUUUGAAAAGAUCAUUUGCAAAAGGUUGUGAGGUAUUUAUCAGCAUAAAACACUGAAAUGUGGAUGAGAGAGCAUCUUUCAGAGGUUCAUCCUUGCAUUACUCAGUGAGCUAAGGUGACACACAGCAAUUUCUGUCACUCCAGCACUGGAUCAUCCCCAGGGCUGUCGGUGGCAGUUUCUGACACCAGGGUGUGCUGGAGCUCCGCUUUCGGUAGCAGAACACUUCUUCAUUCAGCCCUUUGCUGUUAUCAGAUACUGGGUUGUUUAAUCUGAGUUGUUUAAGAGAGCUGAUAUUCUGCUGUUUCACAAGCUGAAAAGCUCUAUCCAGUGUCUUAACUUGUGCUUUAGCUGGAACCAAGAAGUCAAAAGAUGCAGUUAAUAUAAAGCACUUGUUGCAUAUGACUGGAAACAGUAACAGCUGAAACACUGGCUUUCCAUCAUCACUCUAGAUGUACUGCUGUUUCCUUCACUUUAUUGCCUUGGAAAUGUCUUUUUGCUGUUCAAAUAUUUGGAGAAUUGUCACUGACUUUUCGUGUGGUUUUGACAUCCUCAUGUUUUUUCUUUCAGUAAAGAAAAAAAUAAAGGCUUGUCGUUUGUUCGGAAA